GUUAACAUUGGCGUUAUGGAAUCUAAUUUGAUUGCAUGACUUUAGUACAAAGAAAAGCAUAUAUUUUGGCUGUUUACAAAGUGUGCUCCAAUUAAUGACCUGUUUGCACGAAAAUGUACAAAACUGUUUGGUUCGAUCACCGAGGCCCGUGAGAUUCCUCUAAUGCACCGGUUAAUAAGCCAUUUCACCAUGGACCCCCGACGUAGUGCCCAGGAUGUGUUACGAUGUCAUCUCUGUGAGACCCCGGUCCCCCAUUUGUAUUGUGACAUUUGUCACGUAGAUCUAUGUAAAUCCUGCGUUGGUGAACAUCUGUUAGAUGAAUCCACAGAACACAAAGUAGUUUCAUCUAUAAAACGGGGAUCCACCUCCACAUGCCAAAAACAUUCCUCAAAACUCUGCGAACUCUACUGUACACAAUGUGACAUUCCUAUUUGUGCACUUUGUGUAACAUCCAGGGCACAUCAAGCUCAUGAUGUUGUAGACAUUUGGAAAAGUAUUGAAAAUAAAAAACAUGAAAUACAGAUAGAUUUAAAAGAACUAGAGAAAUCCAUCUAUCCUAAGUAUGAAGAAAUUGCUUCUGACAUUCAAGGUCAGAAAACCUGUCUGAAUGAAAAUUCUCAGAAAUUGAAAAUUGCUAUUGACAAACAUGGAGAGGACUUUCACAGAGAAAUAGAUAUUAUGAUAACAAAAUUGAAAUCUAAUCUUAAUGAAAAGAACUCUAAACAGCUAGCUAUGUUAGAUAAACAUGAAGAUGAUGUCACACAAACAACUUCUGAAAUCACCCAGUGCAUUGCUGAUCUGACGAAGUUACUGAACUCUUUCGAUGUUAGCCUUUUCCUUGCUUACAAAUCCAGGAAUGCUGAAUUCAGAAGAUUGCCUUCUGAACUCACUGUUUCCUUACCAAGUUUCAAACCUCAUGUGAUAAACAAGGAACAGAUUUAUCAUCAGUUUGGUUCUCUGACAGUAUUAUCUAGAGAAACAGAAGAACAAGGUCGCACAAUAAAUUUUCCAGGUACAGUGUACUCUUCCUCAGACAAACCACUCAUUGAUGUACCACAAAUCAUCACAGAGAUAAACACUGAUUACCGAGAUUCCAAUAUAUUACGUACCGUUUCCUGUCUGAAUGACCAGGAGAUUUGGACGCGUGGUGAUGAUAACACCAUGAGAUUGUACAACCUGCAGGGGGAACUAGUGAAGUCAAUCCAAACUCAGUCAGGGAAUGAACCAACAUACAUUGCAGUAACAAGGAGUGGAGAUCUAGUUUAUACCGAUCACUGGGAUCGAACUGUGAACAUGGUGAAAAAUACAGAAAUACAGACAGUGAUUAAACUAUUUGGAUGGAAACCUGACUGUGUCUAUAGCACCUCUUCUGAUGACCUCCUGGUUGUCAUGGACAAUGAUAGUUAUACCGAAACAAAAGUUGUACGUUACUCUGGUUUCACAGAAGUACAAAGUAUUCAAUACGAUGAUAAAGAGAAACCUCUCUAUUCGUCUGGUUUUAGCUACAAGUACAUGUGUGAGAACAGGAACCUAGAUAUAUGUGUAUCUGACUGUGAUGCUCGUGCUGUUGUUGUGGUCAAUCAGGCCGGAAAACUCCGGUUUACCUACACCGGUCCUCCUUUUACUGCCAAAGGAUCAUUCCAUCCACUUGGCAUAAGCACAGACAGUCAAAGUCGAAUCCUGAUAGCAGACCACAACAACAGCAAUAUCCACAUCCUGGAUCAGGACGGACAAUUCCUCCGCUACAUUUCCAACUGUAAUUUAAAUGGUCCACAAGGUUUAGAUGUGGAUAUCAGAGACAACCUCCUUGUGGCCGAAUAUGGCACAUGUAAAGUGAAACAUAUUCAAUAUAAUGUGCUUUCACGCUGUGUGUAUUUAAACAACAAAAUGCUUUCUUUAGUGGUUCAUACAGGUUUGAAGUUAACAACCGUAUCAGAAAAAAUUCUUAAGCUGAGUUAAUUUUUUAUAGAAAUGAUUGCAGGCUUCCUUUUUAUCCUGUUACAACCCUAGUUUAGAUCAUUUAUAUGCUCACUCUCUAACGUAUAAUGUGUUUUAUGUAGCUAAAAUAAUGAUAUUUUAUACAAAAAGCAGUAAAGAUAU